CAGAUGAACCGAUCCUUAAAGAUUCCUUUCAGAGACUUCUGCUGUUUCACUUACAGCAGGGUGUAUCCCAGGAAAGUCCUCGGAAAUGCACCAACAGCUCACGCCUAGUCUGGUCUGCAAAGUGGUACUUCGCCGGACGGUGCCCCGUCCUGUCUCUACGACAACCCCACAUAAACAAAAUACAGUUCGGCAGAGGUCUCUAACACCAAGAGUGCGUGGAAUAACCCUUCUUUGUGAAUGUCUUCAGGUCUCACCAAGUGCAGUAAAAAGCUGACACUUAAGGAUGCCUACAGCAAACAAAAGGUCCCAGUCACACAGUGCCAAAUCUAGGAAGAAGAGUGUGAAAAAGCAGCCAUCUAAGAAAAGUUCAGCAAGUGCCAAAUCCACACAGCCAGAGGUGGAUAUUCUCAGCCCAGCUGCCGUGGAGAAUGCAUACUACAUCUCCCACAAUGCAGUGGACUGCCUGGAGUUCAGAGGCUUUGGCUGGCCUGCAGCAGCUAAGAAAAAAGGAAAAAAACAGAAAAAAAAAAAAUGAAAAAAGCUCCAAACCAAAUCUUGUCAACGUAAUAAAAAUAUUGUCCCGCAUUUUCAAAAGCAGAUAUUGAAUUAUUGCCUUGUACAUUCAUGAUGAAUAAAUGAUGAACUUUUGUGCUUUGUGUCAUGUGUUCACAUUCAGUGAUAAUAUAUACAAGACCUUUAGGACUGAAAGUGAUGGUGUGUGUUUUGUCUUUUGAGGUGUCUCACUGUGCCGUGACUUCUGGCAGUCAAGGCUGAACCAAAUAGACUUCAAAUUGAAAUUCUAUUAAAUUUGCCAAUAAAAUUUGUAGCCUACAAUUUUUCUAGUGCUGCUGGAACAACUUUUAUUCUAACUGAUUUUGAAAAAAAAAAAAAAGAAAGAAAAAAGACAGCAUUUAUUAGUUCCCAGUCUAUUUAAAAUUGUUGGCAGAGAACAAUGGUCAUUCAUGUGUUCAUCUGAACUCCUGAUGUGACAUUUGCAAAUGUAUAUACAUAUAUUCAAAAGUACUUUCCUUCCCUUAUACACAAGCCUACCAAGACUUAAUAUGAAACCCUCUGUCUCAAUCAUGCAUUUAUGACAACACCAUACUUCCACAGCUUGCAUUUUGUUUAUGAAAUGUAACUGCACUUUCUUUGCAAAAGGUGUCUAGGAGAAACAACUACUGCAAGUACAGUAAUUAACUGAAUAUGUCACUUUGCCCUACUGUAGCACAUUUUUAAAUAGCUGGUCAGCUAUGCCUUCUCUAGCCCCUUUAUAUCUUAUAUUACACUUAAUGGGGUGAAGGUGCUGUACAACUGUAACAGAGGUCAAGGAAUGACAGCAACAGAUUUAACUUCUUGAGAAUUUUCAUUUCUGAAGUUAUUUGUUUAGGCUCUCACUUCUAGUAAGAACAAUUUAGAACACCAAAUUAGUUACUCAAUUAAACACAAAGCAGUUAUUAGAUAACUUUAUUUAGCAUUUCAAUUCGUUAUUCAAUAUAUUAAUAUGGGUGUGUAUGGAGAAAUAUAUUGAUAAAAAUAAUGAAUCAAAAUUAAAUUGUUACAACAGUGAAAAUAAAAUCCAAACAUGAUCAUGUACAUAAGCGGAAAGAAAAAAAAUAAAUAAAUACACAAAAUAAAAAAAGUGUUUAGUAGCCCAAGCUAUUACCAAUGGUAAAACAAUGAUACAAAUGGUAAAACAUGACAUCAAUAGAAUACUCAAUAUUAUAAAUGGUCAAGUCACUUUCAGACCAUGGUCAGGCUACAUCAGAGAACAGAGCUUUAAUUUUUAAUCAGUGCUGAAGCAUCAG